AUGCACUCGAUACAGCUUUGGCACGAGGAGCGCGAGCAUGAGCAGAACAUCGCGGCGUUUGAGCGGCAUGCGGCGACGUACCGUUGCCACGUGAACGACCGCUGCCACCACCACCAGCCCGCGCUGGGCGGCGAGCAGAGGUGGCCCUUCAGAGGAGCACCCCUGCGGCGCACGCCCGCGGGCGCGGGCGCGGCGGGCGAUGCUGGUUCGGGCUGCGCCGUGGUGUUUGAUCCCAUCCUUUCAGAGGUCAGGGUAGUGGCCUCUGGCUUCGAGGCUGAGCGCCUGGCGGCGGCGGGGGCGCAGCUGCAGCGGCCGUUGAGCGCUCCCCUGCUUCGCCCUGCCAGCCGCGGCGUUGGCAGCUACUCGGCAGCUGCCGCGGCGCGCCUGGAGUACAACCUGCAGCGGCAGCUGCUCCUGGAUGGUCGCUCGGGCGCAGCUGCCGCUGCACGUCCCGCCACAGCGGCCGCCGUGCGCCCGGGCACUGCCGGGCCAUGCGGCGGCGGCCGCGCCAAGGGCUGGGCGGCCGGGGUUCAGGGGCGGUACGAUCCCCUGCGGCACUCAUGGGUUGUGCCGCCCUCCAUGGACGCGACGGCGCAGCAGUACAAGCAGAGGGAGGGGGACAGGCUGCUGGGAAGGAUAGGCAUCAAGUGCGCUGCGCCGCUGCGGACCGACGGGCACGGGGCAGCAGCUGCAGCAGCGGCGGCAGAGAGCGGCUCCACAGACGCGGCCGCGACGGGUGGCAUGGCGCUCGACCAUGGGCCCAGGGGGUCAGGCUCAGGCGCAGCUGCGGACCAGGGGGCGCCUUUGCUGGACGUGGACGCGUCGGGGGCGCCGCGGGCCAGGAGUCCUGUGCGCAACCCCAUCACCGGCGCCGGCAUGCCCGACCCGACCUUCAAGCUGUCCAGCGGCCGGCAUGGCAUCGUGGCGGGCGACAGCUGGGGCAGCUACGACGUGUUCCGACACGAGUACACGGCGCCGCCCUCUGACGCUAGGUUCCGCCACCAGGAGGACCUCACAGAGCGCCGCGCCUUCAUCAGCGGCCACGGCCUCAGGCGCGUCCCCCUGCCGGCGAGGCAGGGCGUGUACGACCCGAUCAAGGGCACGUGGGUCGUGCCGCCCCGCGACGCGAGGUGCGUUAGGGGCCUGGAGUUUGCGCCCCGCGGCGCGGGAUCCUCCCCAGGCGGCGAGGCCGCCGCGCACGGCCGCGGCGAGCCGCCGCAGCGCGGCGCGCGGGGCGGCGAGGCGCGGGGGACGUUCAUUUUCGCGCGGCGCAACGGCGGCAGCCCUAGCGGCGGGCUGGUAUGA